UCUAAACUUGACUGUGACUAGCUAUUUAGUGUGUCUGUACGGGUGUUGUUUUCUCUCUCUCUCUGCCUGAUAAUAACUAGUACUGCCCUUCUUUCUUUGUGUUUCCCACUCAUUUCUCAAGUGUCCAAGCUGCAUAGGUUUCUAACUUCUCCUCUUCUCUUGCCUUUCACCCCAAACUCCUUUUCUUUCCCUUUGUAACCAGUUCUUACCACUUACACAUAACACAUCACUCUCCCCAUGGGGAAAAAAGGAGCUUCUUCAUGGUUCUCUGCAGUCAAAAGAGCCUUCAUGUCUCCAACCAAGGAGAAUACCAAGAAUUCCAAGAGAAGAGAGUCCGAGGAACCUAACCAAGAAGAUGAACAAAAGAAGAAAGACAAGCGGAGAUGGUUAUUUCGAAUACCUACUCAAAACGCUCAGCAAAGCCAAACCAAGACCGCAGCAAUUAACAUUCCACCAGCGAAUCUCUCCUCAUUCAAUGCGGACCAUAAGCAUGCCAUUGCAAUUGCACUAGCACAAGCUCACGAAGCCAAAGCUGCCGCGGCAUCCGUCCAGGCCCCCGUUGAAUACAUUACACUCACAAGGCCACCCUCGUAUUCCCUUAAGCAUCACUAUGCUGCUAUUAUCAUUCAAACAGCUUUCAGGCGAUACCUGGCAAGAAAAGCUCGACGUGCGCUUCAGGGAAUUGUUAUGCUUCAAGCAUUGAUUAGAGGACAGAACGUUCGUAAACAAGCAAAGAUGACACUGAGAUGUAUGACGGCUCUUCUUCGAGUCCAGGCUCGGGUUCGUGAUCACAGAGCAAGGCAUUCACAUGAUGCAGGCAGAAAUUCUAUGUUUGCCGAGACAAACAGCUUGUGGGAGUCUGGAUAUCUACAAGAUAUCCGAGCAAGGAAGUCCCAAUCUAGAGAAGGAAGUAGCAUAGUGGAUAGCUGGGAUGAAAGACCACAUACAGUUCAAGAGCUUGAAGCUAUAUUGCAUAGCAGAAAGGAAGCUGCUUUUAUGCGUGACACUUCUAUGUCUAGUUCUUUCUCUCAACAGUCUAGAAGGAACACGAGUAUUGAUGAGAAAGACGCGGGGGACAGAACAAAAUGGCUCGAACAAUGGAUGGCAAAAAAGCAAUGGGAGCUUAACAACAGAGCUUCCGCAGAAAGAAGAGAAGCCACAAGGACUACAGAAGUUGACACAUGCAGGGCUUAUUCUUACUCAGCUUCAAAUGGACUCCAAGCCCAGUAUAUGGAUCAAUAUCAAAGGCAGCCAAGCUCAUGUCCCGUGGCUUCACCGCGCUAUAGGGAGCCUUACAGUCCCUCUCAUCAUCUGCCUGUCACUCCUUCAUCUAAAACCAAGUCAUUGCAGGUGCGUUCAGCAAGCCCUCAUCGCACAAAAGAGGACAGGAGGUACUCCACAGCAAAUACCCCGAAUUUAUAUUUCACGCCUCGUGCCAGUUUUGGUGCAGCUAGAUACAGCACUUGUGGAAAUGAUGGUCCAGUUAGUGCUCCAGUGCCCAAUUAUAUGGCUGCCACUGAGUCAGCAAAAGCACGAGCCCGAUCACUUAGUGCACCAAGGCAGAGUCGCCCAUCAACACCAGAAAGGGAUCAACGAGGGGCAGCCAAGAAACGGCUAUCAUAUCCAGUUGUUGAUCCAUGUAUAAAUGCUGGCAUUGGAACAAGUUAUAGUCAAAACUUAAGAAGUCCGAGUUUCAAAAGCGUUCAAGCUGGAUACGUUGGAAUGGGGCAGCAAUCAUGUUAUACAGACAGCACUGGUGGAGAGAUUUCCCCAUGUUCAACUACUGACCUGAGAAGGUGGUUCAGAUGAAGCUUACUGACUGUAGUAAUUAGCAUGUCGAAGUUAGUGAUUUUGAAAGGGGUGAACCUAGUUUCACAUUGCCUUAAUUUUGCACUUAGGACUUAUAGGUAGAUGAUAUUUUGUUGUGCAAAGUGAUAGUAGAGGCAUUUGUGGGAUGAAUUGAGGUUUUGUAUGUGGAAUGUUUUUCUGCCUAAAACUCUUUUGACAUGUUUCAUGGCCUCUUCAAGUCGAAACUAUACUUUUAUUUGUUACA